AUGCGCGGCUUACGUAAUAAUUCACACGUAAUUUUAAUUGUGAAUUCAGUUAGCGCUGUCUUUGUCAUCAUUUUUGAAAACGCGCGGCACUCACUGGGCUUAAGUGGUUCAGAAAACGCACGACUGUAUUCACAAGGUCGAACCACCGCCAAAGUGGUGCCGAUUGAUGCUAAUCCACAAUUACUUCAACGCCGCCACAGAGUCAAAAUAAGAGGUAUCAAAGUAAUCUCCUACGCUGUGGCGUGGGAACGAAAAGUAACCAAAGCGCAUAACGAGCAUCGGAGAGACCUGAUCAAAUGGGACCGCAUGGAAGCUCAAAUAUAA